AUGACAUCGCUAUUGAAGGGCGUAACAUUUAUUACGGGAGCAGGAUCAGGCAUCGGGCAAUGCGCAGCAUACGCCCUGGCAAGACAUGGCGUCCGCCAAAUAGCCCUGUGUGACAUCCGCCCGGACAACCUCAAGACGACCAGCGAGCAACUGAAGAAACAACAUCCCGAUGUCGAAACCCUGAACAUCGAAAUGGACACCGCCAAAGAAGACUCCGUCAACUCUGCGGUCGACCAGACAGUCAAGCACUUUGGCCGCUUGGACAUCGCUCUCAACAACGCCGGCAUAGGCGGUGCUGGGAAGCAGACAGCUGAUCAGGAACUUGCGGACUGGCAGCGCGUAAUGGACGUCAAUGUCAAUGGAGUGUGGAUGUGUCAACGAGCACAAAUACGACAGAUGCUGAAGCAGGAACCGCUGACGGCGCCGCCGCGAGGGAACAGAGGCGUCAUCGUCAAUACUGCAUCGAUGCUGGGACUCGUUGCUUCGACGCCAAUAUCGGCAGCUGUCGCUUAUACCACGAGCAAGCACGCUGUCAUGGGCCUGACGAAGACAGAUGCAGUAGCAUAUGCUGCCCAGGGCAUCCGUAUCAAUGCUAUAUGUCCCGGCUACGUUGGAACGCCUCUGCUACAGCAAGCUACGGAGACCGGGGUCAUGGACGGCGAAAUAGCCAAGGUCCCGCAGGGCAGACUGGGAGAAAUGGAGGAGAUUGCGGACUCGAUUGUUUUCCUGGCAAGUCCAAUGUCCAGCUUCAUGACUGGCUCCGGGCUGGUCGUCGAUGGUGGCUUUACAGCUGGAUGCUACUGA